GUUCUUGUGGCUUUAGAUGAAACAACUGCAGUCUGGGCAUUAGCACAUGUCUACACUUGAGCCAUGGAUGGCGUCGAUUCUGUCUCGAUGCUAUGCUGCCUGCCGUUGCAAUCCGUUGAGUCGCCGAAGGUGGCUGGCAGCAACGGCACCCUGGGAAAGAGUUUGAAGCACAAAGCGCCGGGGCUCUUCGAUGAACUGGCGGCGCCCUGCGACGUGCUCCCAGUGUCAUCAUCUCUCAGACGAGUGGUGGGCAUCGGUCAGCCACAGAAGGAAAUCAGGCGAAUCGCCUGGUACAUGUUCUUCUUCGUCUUGCUGGACACCUCGAAGGGCCUUUUGGUCUCCUGGUCUGCCGUGCAUAGCUGCGAAGCUCUCGUACCUGUGGCCUUGUGCGCCAAAAACAUGCUCUCGGUGAUUUUGGGCCUUUGCUUGGGAUUCCUACUGGAGGGCCGAUCUGGCCUCAGGCGCUGCUUGCAGCUGCAGCGGAACUAUUGGAUGCUCCCGGUUGCAGCGUGCUUUUGCGCGGCGCAAAUGGCCAUGCUGGAAGCCUUGCGAACCUUCAACGCUGGAAGCUUGAAGAUUAUGGCACAGGUGAACCUUCCAACCACUGCGGUCCUGUCUCGCGUGCUGUUGGGAAGACGGUAUACCACACAACAGUGGGCGGCGAUCGCCUUGGUGGCGGCCGCUGUUGCGGCCUUCGCACAGGUUCGACUGCUCUACUUCCGGCCACCCUACUGGAGUCGUGAAGGGCAUUUUCUUCGGCCGAACUUGGGGGUGCUGAGCCUCCUUUCAAGCAUUUUCCUUUCGUGCUCAGCCUCCAUCCUUGCCGAGAGGUGUUUGACCCGCGGCGAUCGUGUGGCCUUCUACAUUCAAAAGACCAACAUCAUGCUGGGGGAGUUGUUGACCUCCUUCCUCUUGACGGCCAUUUAUCUUCACAGCCUGGCCGAUUCCCAAGGAGUGAUGGAAAACUGUAGCUUUGAUCAGGUGGCGGACUAUCGCAACAUCUUGGUGGUGGUUGUCUGGACCUUGCACGGCUGGAUGGCCGGGCUUUUGGUCAAAGAGUGUUCGGCCUUUGCAAAGAAUGUGGGUCAUAUGCUCUCGGCCUCAGCGAUGUACUUCUUCCCCAUCUUUUUCAUCACGGGCCCCGUGAACAACGGCCCCGUCACGGCCUGUGCCUUGCUGGUCCUCAUUGCCAUCUUGGUCUGGGCAUUGGCGCCAUCGCGUCAGCGUGCAGAGGAAUCCAGGCUUCAUCACGGGGUGCAGUAUGAGUCACCGGCUUCAGGCCCACUUCAACGGCCAUUCCUCCGAAAGGUUCAAUCCAUGGAGCAGGUGACCGCGAUGAAAGCUGCCUUGGAGGCCUCCUUGGAAGGUGAUGGAUUCCACUACAUGGGUGUGCUGGUGAUCAGCUUUAUCAUUUUGGAUGCGACCAAGCCCUUCUUUGUGAGUUGGGCUCAUGCCAACAAAGCACCGGAGGAGGCCUUCAACAACAUCACCUUAGUCUUGGUCCAGACGUCUUUGUCCGUGGCCGUCGGACUGUUGGUGGCGAUGCGGCCAUCGAUUUCGUGGAGCAACCUGCAGGUCUCGCUCCACUCCGGCUGGCGCUCGAGGGUUUGGAACUGUGUGGAUCCUGUGGCAGUUCAAAGGCAACUGCCCGUGAGCUUCUGCUUGGUGAUGAGCAAGCUGUGCUUGAUCAUGGCCUUAGAGAAAUUGGAUGCUGGAUCCGUUCGGGUGCUUUGCCAAUCGAGUUUGCCAUUAGUGGGCGUUGCCGGAGCCUUGCUCUUUCGGCGCCGCUACUCAGCCAUGCAGUGGUGUUCAUUGGCGGGCGUUACUGUGGCGCUGGGCUGCUUCUACUAUGUGAAACACCAGGUCACGCUGCGUAGCAAGUCUUCGCAGCACCAGGUGGGCGCUCACAGUCAGAGGCCAGAGAUGCAUUUUGACUUCGACACGGCUGCUGGAAGUCUUCUCACCUUAGCGUCCAUCGGUUUCAAUUGCCUUGGAGCUCUUUUGGUUGAGAAGUUCCUCAAGAAGAAGAACGGCUACCUGUACGAGCAGAAGACACAGUUGGUGUGUGGUGAGGUCUUUUUCAACAUCGUCCUGCUGGUUGCCAUGCCCUUCCUCUUCACAGAUCCAGAGAAGCAGAUGUUCCACUCCGUGUGGCAGAGGGGCUUCUUCACCGGCUGGGACCUUCGCGUGUUGAUUUGCGCGCUGGUUUGGAUCCCAUCAGGCUGGACAGCCACGAUGUUGGUCAAGGAGGCCUCCAAUGUUUUAAAGGUCGUGGCACAGGGUGCAGCCUCCGUGUUGACCUAUGUCUUCAGCCUGACGCCUCUGGUACCAACACACCGCUCGGCCGCUCGGGAGCCUGUUUCCCCGCCCGUGGUGGUCCUAGCGCUCAGCGUGCUUUUCGCGGCGCUCACCUUCGGCCUCGACAGCGUGCACCGCAAACAAGGGCAGCAAAAGAGUGAAACAGAUGAGAGCCAGGAGAGCUUGCUGCGUGCAAGCAAAGCGGAAUCGCUUCGUGCCAAAGGCGCGUGAGCGCUUGGAUUCCAAACACCUGCAGGACUCGGAGCAGAUUUUGUGAAGCUCGGCCUCGGACGGUUUCGGACCUUCAAGACACCUUUCUGAAUGUGAGGCCUUUGGGAACCCGG